ACCGUGGACGGAGGAUCUCCGUGACGAGCAGACCCCAGGACGGCUGCUGCUGCUCCGGCAGUCACGGCGGAGAGACUGCGCCUGCUGAGCUGUCUCACAACCAGGACCCGGAGGACCAAGAUCAGCGCAAAGGAGAGAAAGGUCUUUACAAAGGUUGCCACAGUUUCAGUGACAUGGACAGCAAGAGUAAUCACACACCCUGCAGAACUAACACAGGAGCCUUGCCUGAACUGCCAAGCAGAAAAUGACUCAGAGAAAUGGAAUCAGAGGGGCGAGUGAUUGCGGCCUCCACUCGGAGGCCUCCAAGGUUUUUCAGUGGGCCGACAGUAUGGAGCACGAGAAAAUCCAGGAGGCCAAUGACUGUGAACUGGAGGAGAGGGGACAGGAAGGAGGACACCAAGUGUCUAUGGCUGUAACAGGAACAGUCACCGCUCCAGAUGGUGGCUGGGGGUGGAUGGUGCUGGUUGCCACCAUACUGGUCCUGGCUUUGACACUGGCGUUUCCGUCCUGCGUGGGAAUCUUCUACACUGACUUGCAGAAUGAGUUCCACGCCUCUAACAGCGAAACCUCCUGGGUGCCUUCCAUCAUGACAUCAGUGCUUCAUGCAGGAGGUCCCUUUUGUAGCAUGUUGGUGGAGAGACUUGGCUGCCGAGCGACGAUCAUGCUUGGAGGGGUCCUGAGCGGGUUGGGAAUGGCGGCCAGCUCAUUUACGCAGUCCAUCACUGAACUUUACAUCACCGCCGGGGUCAUUACAGGUCUUGGAUUCUGCUUCAGUUUCCAACCAGCUGUGACAAUCCUAGGAUUCUACUUUGUGCGUCGCCGUGCGUUUGCAAACGCCAUGUCCUCCACAGGCACAGCCCUGGGACUGUGCACUCUGCCUGUCCUGGGAAACUACCUCCAUAUGGAGUAUGGCUGGAGGGGAAGUUUUCUCAUUUUGGGGGCCGUCCUGCUGAACUGCUGCGUGUGUGGAGCUGUGAUGAGACCCCUCCAGCCCAAAAAGCAUGGUGGCCAGCCACUGAUGAACCAUGGACCCCCUCCAUUAGAUGAGGAUAGUGACAGCAAGAAAAAAGGGAGGGUGAAGACGAUAUGUAGCUCCCUGUUGAUUUUUUUCAGCAAGCACAUGGCCUUUAAUCAGUUCUUCAACAACUUGCGUUACCGUUUGUACUCCAUAGGCAUCACAUGGAUGAUGCUCGGGUUUGUGGUACCUUUGGUGUAUCUGGUUCCCUACGCCACAGCAAACGACAUGGAGCCGAGUCAGGCUGCAUACUUGCUGUCCAUCCUGGGGAUCGUCAACAUUGUGGUGCGGCCACCAAUUGGUAUCAUCUUUAACUUGCCCUGGUUCAAAGGGCGGCACGUUUACGUGUUCGCUGCAGCUUUGUUGGUCAACGGGCUCAGUAACAGCAUCUGCUGCAUUGGGCCAAGCUUCCCUGUGCUGCUGGCUUACGUGGUGAUCUAUGGGCUGUCCAUGAGCGUGGUUGGUUCCCUGAUGUUCACUGUCCUCAUGGAUGUAGUGGAGAUGAGCUGCUUUCCCUCAGCCCUGGGCCUGCUUGCUAUCAUGGAGAGUGUCACACUGCUCAUCGGGCCUCCAUUGGCAGGAAUCCUGGUGGACAAAACGGGCCAGUACUUCCACGUCUUUUUUGCCUGUAGUGCCGUUGUUGCCUCAUCCGCCGUGUUCCUCAUGGUGUCAUUUGGCUGGCUGGAUAAAAAGGAGAGGAUGAUGCUGAAUCAAGGCGAGCCACCUGCAGCGCCUGACCCGGCGAGACCCGGGAUUGAUGUCGUUCCUGGCUGCCAGUACAGCAGCGUGCCCACGGAGGGAGACAAAGACAAGGCCUCGGCUAACGGGGCGGAGUAUAUCACCAGCGUCUGAACCUGCUUAAACUGUGUGUCACCUUUAACACACAUCACACUCUCGGUUAGACUGUUCUGCAAAUUAUUCCUAAUAUUUGUGGCACCUUGGUGUGCCAGAGGUUGCAAUGUUUCCUUCUCUGUGGUUGAAUGACAGCACACCUUCUAACAUCUGGAGCACCAUAAAAGUCAGAAGAAAUACUACGAAUAGUUUGCACUGUUUGACCAAGACUGCAUACCAAAAUCAGGAGAUGUGCACUUAAAAACCACAAUGUGAUUGUACUGUUUAUUGUAAACUGCUGCUGAUUUUAUCUACACAAUCUAUCACACAUGAGGUAUAUCACUUUAUCAAGCCAAGAUGCAUACACGAUCCAUCAUUAAAGAAACCAGAUCUUUAGUAGAUGUUUACUGGAACAGUGUUUUUAAAUGGUCUGUCAGCAUAUGAUGAGCUUACAGACACACAGAGCAGGCCAAGUGUUUGUGAUCUAACAUGAAGGGAAAGUAGCAGUAAUAUCAGUAGGUACAUCCCAGUGAAGCCUUAAGAGAGUUAAAGGGGACCUAUUAUGUUUUUCCUUUAUAUAUAUUAUAUAAUAUGUUACAAUGGUGGAUGCUCGUUAAAUAAAAACUCAGGACUCAGCCAGUUCUUUCUGUUUCCGAGACCUAGACUUCACUUAUAUUAUUUUGCAAUUAACUUUCAUUUGAUACCCUUCUAAGGUGACAAUGUAAUCCAUUUACUUGGGGGCAAUCCCAUUGCUCUUAUUUAGAAGCUUCAACCACUGCUAAACAGCUAGCUCUGGUCCUUUCCCUACAGGCAAGCUGGUCACAUCAUUCAAACUGGUGACAGUAGGCUAGUACUUGUCCUGCUCUGGAGAUCUCCCACGACCCUGAGGGUCAGCUCUGGCCAGAGCCUAAAGUAGGUGAACAGGUGCCUUUAUGUUGUAGCUCUUCAGCACUGCAGUGAAGGCAAAGGAAGUGAUUUGCUCGUCUGUCGCUAGGUUGCCUUAGUAACUGUCUCUCUUAGUAACAGCAUCCUUCACACCCAUUGGUGGUUGCGUCAGUCGCUCAACUUGAACUUGAGAAACGUUUAAAUGGGCAUCCACAUAUUCACUCAUCAUGCAUCGAUUUGUAGCUGACGGUCACUAAAGGACAUUCCAAGCUAGUGUUGCCUAGGUAACCCUCUAAUGAAUACUGUAUGGACAAAAGUACUGGGCCCUGCUUUUUAAUCUCUGAAUUCACUGAAGUGUGGUACUGUAACAAAAUGCCACUGUCCACUGCCACUUCAUGGCAUGGGUUUCCAUGGCUGAGCAUCUGCUGUAGCUGUAAUGUUUUGGUGCCCCAGUACUUUUAUCCAUAUACUGUCUUUACCACCACCUCAUAUGUCAGUCAGUGGUGUUCUUCCCUCUCACUCUUGCUAGUUGCUUCAAUUGUUCACAUCGAAGUUUAGAAAAGCCCACUGUGAGAUAAACAAGGACUGAAGCACGCAGAACUCCUCCAGGAGAGCCCGAGAAUAAAAAUAUGGAGCCAGAAUAGGUCCCCUUUAAUGGAUAAGGGUGUUUUUAUUUUAUAUUUAUCUCAUCAUAAAGACUUCUUAAAUGACCAAAACCAACAAUGUGUUAUAAUGUGAGGAUGAACCCAACAGACCCGCUGCGUACAUUCAUGUUAACAAGUAAGAGAGUGUGAUUGGAAAGUUUCAUUUCACAUUUGCAUGAGUAACACCUGAGUAAAGCUUGAAGCUUGAAGAAAAAUUACUAUUAUUAUGUUGCUGUUACUUAAACAUCAUAAACUAGUUCUGCCACCUUUAGCAGAGACAACUUCUCAUAGUUGUUUUGUACAAGCUGAGGUCUGCAGGGGGAAAUUUGACCUUGUCCAUGUGUUAAAAUCUGGCCUGAGGGUUGGCCAUUCCUUUGCGGAUCAGCCAGGAUCAUGUAGAUCAUUAUCCUGCUGAAAGUUCUGCUUCCAGUUUAGCUUAAACUUUUGGACAGAUGACAUCAUAGUGACCUCACGGACUUUCCUAAAAAGCUCUCCUGUUAGUCUAGCCUAACGUCUCCAUCUUUAGUUCUUUGGAAAGGCCAGAUACUCGCUGGCAGCCUGGAAUUUCUGGUUGGUCGUAUUUUUUUGUAGAUGCACUUUUACACCAGAAGCUGGAGAAUUUCCUGCAGAUCAUGUGACUAAAAUGAGUAACAAUGAAAGUAAUAAUAAUUUGGAGAUCUUUUUAUCUCAUUUAUCAGACACAUAUGGAGCCACAAGCUUCUUUAUUGUUUUCUAGGCUUUUUUGAUGACACCACAUACCUUUAUAGCAAAGGGAACAGCAGGUCCUUGUUGUCUUAAGUCUGGGUUCCACCUGGUUCCACUCACUGACACCUGAUCCACAGCAGACAGGGGCAUGAAAGACUUUACUGGCCUUCAGUGACAGUGAGAUGGAGCAAAAACACACAGCCGAAUCUGCUGAAACUUCUUGGAUUUGAGGGCCUGAUAAAUGCAGGUGUGUACUGACUUUUCACAUGGCUGGUGCUAAAAAUUAGCUGUAGUUGUGUAUGUGAGUAUUGUGGUGAGCUGCUACACUAUGUGAUAAGUGUUUAAGAAAAUAGAUGGAUGGUUGAAAAUGACAACAAAAUUUAACACGUUUGUUUGAGUGUGCAACUGGUUAUUGGCAUUACUAUUAUCUGGCACUUUAAUAAAUAAAUCACAUGAUUGUUCAGCUGAAAACCUUCCAUCUGUUUUCUUUCACUCACUUUUCCAGCUUGGAGUCUUGGUGCAGCUUGAAACUAUGCUUGCCGCCACAGGGCGAGAGGCAGGUGAGGACAUUUCUGUGGCAUGUUAACUUUCACGUGCCUGUGUGUGCAGCUACCCAGUUUAUAUGAUGUGCAGGUCACAACAGUUUCAGUGUGUGGUCUUAAACUUCAGUCAGACAGACGCAGUGUUCAUGUGUCCUGUUCGGUUAUUCAUGUAAACAGCAUAAAGAUUAGAGGAAUCACCACCUUAAAGCUCUGUUGAUGUCAAAAACCCUCCUGAGAAACAACACCUGUUGGUGAUUUGUUGUGUCUGUGCAGCACAGAGACACACUGAUAAACACAUACUUCCAAAUAUUAAAGCCUCUGCCUUAUUAAAUCUAAGUUCAGUGCAUCUCCUAAUGACUGAUUACUUACUUCAGUGUCACAUGCCAGCAUUGCCAACUUGGACAGCAGCCAUACUGAUUAUGUUUAACUCAUUAAAAAGCUAAUUACCAUAAACCAUCUGACCUCCCUUCACUUUGGUUCGUACUCACUGUCCAGCUUUUAAACUGGCCUACAGGUAAACACUACACUUCAGUUUUUGUUCUUAGAAAAAGCAUAAUCAUUACCUAAAACAGCUGGGUGCUGUUCUUUUUUUUUUUCAAUCAAAUGGUUUUUAAGCAGCACUGAGCACUGUAUUUGUUGGGGUCUAUUUUGAGCUUCAGAUGAAUACAAAUGGAUGGUAAUGAAGGAGCGUGUGAAACAAUGAAGGUACAGCAGGUACUGAACAUGUUAGGAUGGAUUUAUUGUUGCUCUUGGUCUUUUUAGUGGACUGGUUUAUUUUAAGAAUAAUGAAGACUAAAGGAAAAGAAAGCAGGCUGUUGGUCCUGUGAGGUCUGAGUCAUCAUCGAUGGGGAGAAAUGACCCUAACAACAGAAGGGUUUAGGGUCGGGUGUACUUGGAUCUCAGAGGGAACUUGAAAGGAUGCAAUAUAUUUUAUUUUUGACAUUUUUAAAGGGGGAGAAUUAUAAAUUUGCUGCCCACCUUGCUGAGCUCUUUCCACCCAUGUUGCUGAGCUUUGCUUGUUUCAGAUCACUGAAUCUAUAGAAAAAUGUCUGUCCUUCAUUGUCAUAUAUGGAAAAUUCAUAUUUACUGUAAUAGCAGUGAAUUAAUCAUGUUCUCUUUCUGUUUUGUUUUUUCUGUGCUUGCUUUUCAUUCCUCGAUGCAACAGUGCCUUCUUACAUAGCAUUUCUGAAACAGGACCCACACUGAUACUGGCACACCCUUUCAGGGAAUAAGAAUUGUUUGAUUUUAUGUUACGCGUCAGAGGUUUGAAACAUUUCUGAAGGAAUAUUUCAAAGGCACUGAUCAGUUUUAUGACUCCAAUUUUAAUUUUCAGUUUCCAAUCAGAAACUGGACUCUGAUUCAUUAACAGUGCUACAGCCACACUACAACUUUAGAGCAAGCUGUUAUGACUGAGUAUUAAAUCCACAUUUCAGGUAUAAGCUGUGUAUCAGUAAACAAAGAUGUAAGCACGAACAGAGAUUUUAUUAGUAAUUUUUAGAGGCUUGUCUUGCUUUAAGUCAAAUAUCUUUAUUAUAAAUUCUUUAUUUAUAUA